CUGGUUUACGAUGACAGUCGAGUUAGCGAAACUAGAAGUUUUCAAAUAAAAAUAUAUGCACAGUUAAUAGUACAAGUAUUCUUAAACUUGUUGAAGCGGUCUUUGAGAAAUAAAAAAAAAUUUCAAAUUAUGUUUAAAUUUAUAUGUCUGUUGUUAAUUAUUUUUGCAACUAGGAUCAAAGGACAAUUGUAUCCUCUGACAAAUACAUUUACGGUAACCAACUAUGAAUUACAACCGAAUAAUAAUUUUCUACAAGUUUUACAAAAUGGCUUGAUAAGGUGGACAAAGACAAUUGCACAAGAUACAAAUGAAAUAAAAGUUUAUGUCCAAUCAUUGUCUGUUCAACAACUUUUGCCAGCUGGAGAUUUGUGUAAUCCCACAUUUUUCUUUGACUAUCUUAGACAAUUGACUGCUGUUUUAUCGAAUGGUCGAUCUUGUCCAAUACAAACGGGAACAACAAUCAAUAUAUUUAAACCAUACACGGAAAAUCUUAUGUAUCCCAAAAAGUCGUGUAUUGGAAACGAGGUUCUUAAUUUUACAUUAUAUGACAAACUAAACAAGUUAAAGUUAAUUUCUUUAGAAGUAGAAUUAACAUCCAAUGGUCAAGCGUGUGGUAAUUUUAACUGAAAUUUUAACCGUGAAAAUUGUAGUGAAUAUUUGUAUAAUUUAAAUAUA